GCUUCCCCUCCGAAAACCUAGACAAAGGCGUGCAGGAAUGCAGUGGUUUCGGACGAAUCUCAAGGUCAGCCUUACUUCCAUUUGUUUGUUUGUUGUUUGCCCAGACACGCGCAGAACAGCCAAAACACAAACUGUUGGUUGCAUAGUGACUCUCGCUCCCGUUCGACACGGUGGAGUUGUGCAAAACAGCUGUGAAACAGUUCAGAACGCACAAAAAUGGAUCUGGACCUUGUGUGGAUUAUUUGGAUGUUAGCUCUGCACAACGCACAUGGGUCAUUUUUGUUAAUGCACAGUGAUCCUCUGAACAAAAAGCCUCUCGGAAACAGUGCAUCCGCUCUUGACGGCAAAAAGAUACCCAUGCAAGUACUACCUCCAAACCUUCCAGAACGAUUCUACACCGAGUUCGAGAUAAUUUACACCCCUCGCGAUGAUCCUGGCAUGCCGCUUCCUCCAUGGCCAGCUGGUCAUCCGCCAGCUCUACCCUAUGCAAUCGGUCGUGGAAAGACGUGGUACGCAGCCGAUCUGGGCAUUGCCAUCGAAUGGUACACGGACUAUUGUGUGCCCAUCUUUGAACCAAACAGCUACUUCCCUUGUGUGUUGUUCAAUUACAACGGAACGGCGUACUUCAUUUCACCGAAGUACACAGGCUACGGUCCUUGUUGUGUCUAUCGGCGCCACUGGACUCCACCGCAUCGCGACUUUAUGCAGCAGUACGCACGGUAUUACAAUGGUUCCACUACAAAGUUUGGAGAUGGGGUUUUGGAGCAGACAGUUGACUGGUGGAUUAUCCCACAGCCGGAAGAUGCAGGAAAGAAGCGUGGUUCCGAUCAUCCUGUGUUUGGUGGAUACGGGUGGGCACGUGAAGCACUACCGAGUGGUCAUCGUGCACAAGUUUGUUUUUGGUACGAAGGGAACGUCGGGUGGACACAGCAACUGUUUUACAACUUCGUGGACAGCGGACCGCGAACAAAGGAUGUGGAAAAGUUUCAACUACCGGAUGUCUGUCUGACAAACAGAGCGUGUCUCUACCGGCCGUGACCUGAUCAGUCGUCUCCAAACCAGUUGAGCACAUGACACAGAGGCCUAACUGACUAGAUUAGGUUUGAGAUAUCCUCGAUGCUCUCAUUCUCAUCUACAGUGGACAAUGAAUUCACUUUCCAGCUUCAUUUAAUAGCAAGACAAUUUUUUCCAUCUGAGUGUCUGGCUAGUGGACCAGCUGAGGCACUUGACCGCUGUGCUUACCAAUAAAUGAAUUGCUUCUCGUGGCAUGAAACUUCAACCCUCCAUCUCUCUUCCAGGAGAACAAACAGCUUUGCAAGUGUAUUCAACUUUGAA